AUGCUGGAGUCGUUGGGCUUCUACCAGGCCGGCCCUUGCAAAAAGAAACCUACUGGCAGCACCCAGCUUGCCUCCGCGGAGCCUGCACACAUGCACGCAAUGCUCAGAGACAAUCAAGCACACACACACACACACACACACACCCGCCCACGUCCGCCACAACCCACGGCCACUCUUGGUGGGGCCAUUGCGGCGGCGCCUCUUGAUCCCAAUCCAGCCUUCAUGACUCUGGCCCGCCCAGGUACCAGUCACACUGCAAGAUUGCAUGAGCCCAUGCAUUGGGUUGGGGAGCCACCGCCAACGGCUGGUGACGCCAUCCCCAAGCCCGUCGGCUAG